UCAUGGCAAACGUCCAUGAAUACCGUCUUCAUCCCUGUGUGGCACACGGGAGAGGCUGGGCGUCUGUGGUCACGCCGUAACUGUCUGGAGGAGAAGGAGAACAUGAAAGUGUUACUCAGGCUUGUUUGUUUCAUAGCUCUACUGAUUUCUUCUCUGGAAGCUGGUAAAUGUGAGGAACGUACAGGACAAAUAAUUUUAGUUUCUUCUGCUUAUGAAAUUGCUGUUCGUUCAUGUCCUCUUAACCCAAAUGAAAACAAAGGCAAUAUAAAUUGGUAUAAAAAUGACAGCAACACAUCUAUAUCUAUGGAAAGAGGCUCCAGGAUUCAUCAGUACAAAGAUAAGCUUUGGUUUGUUCCCGCUAAGGUCAAGGAUUCGGGGCAAUACUAUUGCACAGUGAGAAAUUCAACUUACUGCCUCAAGAUUGAAGUAACUGCAAAGUUUGUACAACAUGAACCUGACUUGUGUUACAGUGCACAAGCUAUAUACGAACAGAAACUAAUUAUUGCAGGAAAUGGACAACUUGUGUGUCCUUAUUUGGAUUAUUUUAAGGAUGAAAACAAUGAGUUACCCAAAAUAGAGUGGGAUAAGGACUGCAAACCUCUACUUCUUGACGAUGCAAACUUCAUUGGAGAAUCAAAUAAACUCAUCAUCAUGAAUGUGACUGAAGCGCAUAAAGGGAACUACACUUGCCGCGCAUCCUAUGCGCUCCUGGGAAAGCAGUAUCCCAUCAGCCGGGUGAUCAAGCUUUUAACUCUUGAGGAGAACAGGCCCCAGAGCCCUGAGAUUGUGAGUCCAGUGAACGAGACGAUGGAAGUGGUCCCGGGAUCCCAGCUGCAGUUGGUAUGCAACGUCACUGGCCGGGAAGCUAACUUUGUCUACUGGAAGUGGAACGGGUCACUGAUUGAUGAUGACGACCCGGUGCUGGCGGAAGACUACAUACAAGUGGAAAAUCCUCCAUCCAAAAAAAGGAACACAGUCAUCUUAAUGCUUAAUAUUUCAGAAGUGAAAAGUAAAUUUUAUCUAUAUCCAUUUACCUGUGUAGCCAGGAAUAAAUAUGGAAUAAAUGCAGCAUAUAUCCAAUUAAUACACCCAGUCCCCAGUUUCCAGAAGCACCUGAUUGGUAUAUUCGUCAUGUUAACAGUAGUGAUUACCAGCUCUGUUUUCAUCUAUAAAAUCUUCAAGGUUGACAUUGUGCUUUGGUACAGGGAUUCUUGCUAUGAUUUUCUCCCGAAAAAAGCUUCAGACGGAAAGACCUAUGAUGCAUACAUACUGUAUCCAAAGACCCUUGGGGAAGGGUCCACCUCUAAUUCAGAUGUUUUUGUGUUUAAAAUCUUACCUGAGGUCUUAGAAAAACAGUGUGGAUACAAGCUGUUCAUUUAUGGAAGGGAUGACUACGCUGGGGAAGACAUUGUUGAGGUCACAAAUGAAAACAUAAAGAAGAGCAGAAGGCUGAUUAUUAUUUUGGUCCGAGAAACAUCGGGAUUCAGCUGGCUAGGGAGGUCGUCUGAAGAGCACAUCGUGUUGUACAACGCCCUCGUUCAGGACGGGGUCAAGGUCGUCCUGCUGGAGCUGGAGAAGAUCCAGGACUACGAGAAAAUGCCCGAGUCCAUCCAGUUCCUCAAGCGGAAGCAGGGGGCCAUCCGCUGGUCAGGGGACUGGACGGGGGAGAGGUCACAGUCUGCAAAGACAAGGUUCUGGAAGAAGGUCCGGUACCACAUGCCUGCUCCAGCCCCUCCAGCCAAGCGCCAGUUGCUGUCUGCAGCCCCAAGGCCCGACUCCAGGGAGAGACUGCGAGGGGAGGGCCCCGUGCCUCUCGGGUAGCAGGUGAUGCCUGUCCUGUGGCUCUAGGCUGGGCUGGCCUCGCUGAUGUACAGGCACAGACUUGCAUGACCCUUCACCCCAGGCCACCUGGAGUCAGAUGGGUAAGGGCAGGAUGGUGACAACAGCAGCCCGGGCAACUCAAAGCAGAGGGGCAGGGAAGGCCUUCCAGAGGCCGCUGCUGCCCUCUGGGCGUGUGAGCUGCCGAGAAAAGGCCCGGGAGAGCCAACAACUGGAAAGAACAUUCAGGAAAUGCAUUUGUGGAGUCACUCGCAGUUCCAGGGGCUGUGCCCAGAUGGGACUGCAGGGCCCCUUGAGUGGCCGGGGCGUGGGAAGACAUUGGAGAACUGGCCACUGGUCUUGCAUUUUUCACACACAUCUGCAGCCAGCAGCCGUUUCCAAAGACUAAAUUUCAUUGUUUAGACCUUUAAAACUGCCAUUUCAACAAAAAAAGAGAUUCUCCAGGAUUUCAAGGUUUUAAAAUAACCUUAGCUUCCCACUGGGGAGAGGUCAAAAGCAAGAGUAGCAGAGAAGGGAUCCUCUCCUGCUGCCCCUGGGAUGGCCAUUCUGUCCCACCUUGUUCUUCUGCAUUUCACUUGGCUCUUUACUUUGGAAGGACAACUUCCAAGUCACUUCCUUCUCCACUGGGUCAUGCACACGACCCACAGAUUAACCACCUUCCUGACCACCGCUCUCCUCUCAGCCGCUGCGCCGGCUCUCCUGGCUCAGGAGCACAGCCGGGUUCCCAUUGGCAUUUCCCUGUGGGCUGUGCUUCCGACGGGGGCUCAGGCUGGUCUGCACGGACCCCGCGGAGAGUGCCCACAGACUGCCUGUUCACUGUCUGCUGACACCUGGAUGUUAGAAAGCCAGCAGCUGCCGACAGCAGUCACUCAGCGCUGGGCUGGCCGGGCUGCUUCCAGGGCUGCGGCCGAGGGUGUGAUCUUGGCCACACCUGCCUUCCCCUGCCUUUUGUGGGAAGAAAUGGUAGUUUCCAGGAUGGUACGCUGCUCAUUCCUGUAAAUAUUGGAAUUAACAAAAGUCACGGUAGAUUUUUAUGGAAAAGUUUCUGCCUCCAUAUGUUCUUCCCCUAAAGUAAAUGCAUGUUGGUAAGUAAAAACAAGAGAAGUUGUGCUUGUGUUUUCUGGUGUAGAAGAACAUGUUAACACUUGAUAGUCGUCCCAGGACAGUUCAGAGGAACCCGGACACUGCACAGCCACAGCCGUGUGCCGCCUCCUGAGGUCACAGAGACAUGGCAGGUCACAGAGACAUGGCAGGUCACAGAGACAUGGUAGGUCACAGGGCCAUGGCAGGUCACGGGGACAUGGUAGGUCACGGGGACAUGGCAGGUCACGGGGACAUGGUAGGUCACGGGGACAUGGCAGGCCUUUUGUAUUUGUGUUUUUAAUAUUUAAUAUCAUAGGUGAACACAGACUUUCCUUUGGUAUUUUUUUCCUCAAAAGUAAUCAGAACUGGACAGAAGUGGAUUCGCUGCCACCUCCUCCCACCUAUUUCUCUUGGAUUCAAUCUGGCAGUCGGGGGCACAGCAUGGCUUUGGAGCUGCUGUUUUUAAAGAAAGCGCUUUCUUUUCACCUGGGAGACCCUGCCAGCAGUUUGGGGGUGCCAGGGAGGACUGUCCUCUCCCCAAGUUCAGAGCAGAUGCUGCACAUCGUGCUGAGAGGUUCAGUCGGUCAGCUCUAGAAAUACCCGCACGUGAGUUCCAGUAAGGCCACUCUGAACCUGAGAACUAGCCAGGAACCGGGGUGAGGGCAGACAGCCAGGAAUGGCCAGCGGCUGGCACCUGGGGCCUCGGGGCGAGAAUCCUGGCCACGCCCAGAGGAGGGCGGAGGGUCCCAGAGGAAAGCGUACCCCCGAGUUCCCUGGGAACUGUUUCCCCAAAAACCUCUUUUAAGCUUGUCCUUUCAGGGCUCCUCGGUAACUAGAUUUCACUGCGUUUCUGAUGAUACAGUUUUUCAGCCUGAAUGCUUACAACGGGUUUGCACGUGCACUAAAGUGUUGCAUUUCAAGCUGCUACCACUGGCUUAGCUGGGUUUCUGUUCCAUUCUCCCGACUCUCUUAUUUGCAGUUGUGGGUACGGAGCUGGCGUGAAAGGGCACUUGUGAUAAUUGUAUCUGUAACGGUUAAUGAGGAGGAGUCUUUUACAGACUCGUGUGUAUAAGUCAGCAGCAGAUACCACAUAUUUUUGUAGUAAAAACACCAAUUCAUGUACAGCAUGUAUCAUUGAUUAGUGGGCUGUACUUGUUUUCUAAUAAAAUUGUCAAAACCUGG